AUGUUAAUUCCUAGACUUGAAUUAUUAUCUGUACUAAUUGGAGUAAGAGCAGCUCAAUUCGUAUUGAAACAAUUAAAUCUUGAAAAUAAUGAAGUUACUUUGUGGACAGAUUCAAAAUGUGUUCUUUACUGGAUCCAGAACUAUACAAAGCUGCUUCCCAGAUUUGUACAAAAUCGCAUCGAAGAAAUACGGAAAUCUAACUUCGAAUUAAAAUACAUACCAAGUGAUCAAAAUCCAGCAGAUAUAGCCACCAAAGGAGUAUCACCACUUAAACUCCAAAAUUGUAUUGCACAUACGUUAUCUGAAUUAAGUCGAAAAUAUUGGAUACCGAAAGGAAGAGCUGCUGUAAAACGAAUCAUAAACCUAUGCUGUUAUUGCAUUCGCUGGAAAGCUAAACCGUUUAAACUGCCAGCGAUGCCAAGUUUACCAGAAACACGAGUAAAACGAUCCAGAACCUUCGAACAAGUCGGCCUAGAUUAUAUGGGUCCUCUUUCAGUCAAAUCUAAUAUUGAAGAUUUAUCUCGACGUGGAUAUCCAAAAUUAAUAUUAAGCGAUAAUGCAAGCCAGUUUCAACUGGUAUUCAAAACCAUUAUGGAAGAAAACGCUAAUUUUUUGGCUACAAAGGGUAUGGUAUGGAAAAAUACUACACCAAGAGCACCAUGGAGUGGUGGGUUUGACGACUACAGAAUCAUUCGUGCAAUUGAUUUUAUAUCACCUAUGGCUUCAUUAGAUCUACCAAUAAAUUAUGAUAGUGAUCAAGAUGAAUAUACCCCUUAUACAAUAAAGACUAAAGAUAAGUUAGUCAAGUAUUGGGCUACUACUCUUACCACAUUAGAUAUCUUUUGGAAGUUGUGGAAAGAAGAAUAUCUUACAAGCCUUAGAGAACGCACUCAAAGAGAAUUAAAAUCACCUAGAAUAGUAGAAAAAAGAGUACCACAUGAAAAUGAGAUAGUAUUACUAAAUGAACCAGAAGUACCUCGUGGUGUAUGGAAUUUGCAAGGAUAA